AUGCUGGCAGCUCACUCCAAGGUCUACUCAAUACCCCAAACGAUGUUGUUUACCGCUAUCAUCCUCACUCCUGCCGCCCUCGCCACACCCGCAUUGCAGGACCUUAUAGAUCUGAGGGCAGUGAUUAAUACAGCAGCGAGCACGAUUGGAGAUACGAACAAUCCAAAUCGAGGGUGGGGCUUCAACUUUGGGGGAAACGGACAAAUGGGCACUGCGGACCUGGUCAACAAUGUCACUACCACCAUCCUGAGGUCAAAGUGGCAGCUUGACACCAACAAGACGAUGUGGCUCUUGCCGGCAAACAACACCAAUACUAGCGAUCCUAAUACUACACCUCCAGCCUUGACACAGACUCUACCUUUAACUGCCAGUCUCGUCCUACCUUCCACGCUCCCAACUACGACACCCACACUCGAUAACAUCACCAACGACCUCUCAACACCUUACAUCGACUACGUUUCUGCCAUCCCAAGCCUAAGCACCAGCCUGAUAUCCCUCGGCCGCGCAUACCAUCGUGAGAUGAACACACCAGUUUACCAAGCCAUUGCAGGAUUACAACAGGGCCUCACAGCCCUCCAAUCCACAAUGCUAGCCAACAAUCUGAUUCGCCCAAACGCCGUCAUUCGGACCCUCCGCGCAAGUAGCAGUCUCGAGGACGCACAGCAGGCCUUCAGUCGCCUGCUCAACCUCCCUGGAACCGUGAGUGCACCGACCACCGACUUGGCUGGCACCGGCACCAAUGACUCUGAGGAGACAGACUCCCACGCGGUGAAGGUACGGGCGGUAAGCGUUGCGGAGCCGCCGGCGAGACAGGGAGGUUAUUUUACACAUGAGGAUCUUUGGGGAAGAAGUCUUGUCGUGAAGAAGCAGACGAGACAGGGUGAUGUAAAGUGGUACGAUGCAUUUGUUGCAUGGGAGGAAAAGCGCCGGAAUCAUGGCUUGAAGGCUCGGACGACGAGUGUAUUCGUUGCGUAA